AAGCUGGGGCUUCGGACCCUCCUCUCUCUCUGUUGCUUGGGCUCCCAGCCUCUGAGGACAACGGCCACCGCCUCCCCCCACCCCCCGUUAUUAUUCUAAACCUGAGGGGCCCAGAGAUGCACUGAGCCAGUUCUGUUUGGGGUCUUUAGAGAAACCUUGCUUGCUUGUCCCCACAACUGGGUCUUCAACCUUGAUGGCACCUACCUGUUGACGAGUGUCUCCUGCUCUCCCUGGGCGUCCUGGGCCAUCUCAGUCCUCCCAUCCUUUGAGUUGAUACCUCUAUUACCCUGUUGAGAUCUGGGGAGGGGGGGUGGGUAACUGAGGCCCCCUGAGCUUCACUGAGGUUCCCUCAAAGGCCUGAGGGGCCCUCCAGAGCAGCCUGCCUGGGACCCCAGCUGUGUCUUUAGGCCUCAGUUUUCUCCUGCUCUGCCCAGCCCUUGUUAAGAACCAGGAUGAAGCAGCCUCUAGGACCUGGCCAUAGGCCCCUGGAGACCGAUUGGACGCUGGGGGUGGGCAGGAGUCAGGAAGCUUUGCAGUCGUGGGUCCGAGUCCACACCGCUCCCUGUGUGGUCUGGCAGCCUGUUUCUCUCUAAGAUGGCAGUCGUGAUGAUAAGACCCACCUCACGGUCUGAGGUGAUGCAGGGGGUCCUUGAGGGUGGGAUGGAGAAGACGGGCCUCCUUCUCUGACCUGCUACAAGUUUCAGGCCUAUGUGACCUUCCCUGUCCAGAGGAUGGGUGAGCUGUUUGCAGGUUUGGGGGAGGAGGGUUUGGGCAGCUCCCCAUCUCCUCCCAAGAAACCCUUUCUGCUGAGAAGUUCCCAGGAUCGCCUCUCAUGGGCUCUACUGUCAGCGACCCCAGCAGGAUGGGGUCUGUCCCACUGCCAGCCUGGCCGCCCCCAUCUAGCUAUCCCUGCACCCUGCUCUUUUACAGGCAGACAGACCAUGGCAGAGUUCUCCCAGAAACGGGGGAGGCAGCGUGACGAGGUCCUGGGCAGUACUGUGGAUUUCCUCCUGGCCAAUGCCCGCCUGGUGCUGGGCGUCGGUGGGGCCGCUGUGCUGGGAAUUGCUACCUUGGCUGUGAAGCGGCUCAUCGACAGGGCCACCAGCCCUCGAGACGAGGAUGAUGCCAAAGGGGACACCACAUGCCUGGAGGAGAGCUGGAAGGAACUGACCCUACUCAAGACCACACCAUGCCUGCAGCCCCGGACCCCACCUGCUGCCCUCAGCCAGCCAGCAUCGCUCCCCACCCCCUUGCCAUCUGCCCCCGCUGUUUUAGGGUGUGGGGGAUCUGAGGCAGUGAGAAUUUGUCACCACGUGCUCCCUGUGCGUGAGGACUUGAGCUUAAGUGCCCUCUCAGGUGACUGUUUCACAGAGGGGCCCUCAGACACCGAGCCUCAGCCGUUGCCUCAGCCGAGCUCCCCAGCACCGCUGUGCCUGACGUUUCAGGAGAAGCUGCUGGCGUUCGAGCGGGACCACGUGACCAUCCCAGAGGCCCACGUGGCUCUGGCCAAGCAGCUGGCCGGUGACAUCGCCCUUGAGCUGCAGGCCUACUUGCGGAACAAAUUCCCAGAACUGCCCUUCGGGGCCCUUGUGCCCGGCGGGCCGCUCUAUGACGGGCUCCAGGGGGGGGCCGCCAGCCGCGUGCGCCUCCUGGUUCCCCUGGUGCUGGAGGUGGGCCUGUGGGGCCUGGUGCCCGGCGUGGACACCGUGGCCAGGGACCCUCGCUGCUGGGCCGUGCGCAGGACUCAGCUUGAGUUCCGUCCCCGCGGGAGCAGCCCCUGGGACCGCUUCCUGGUGGGCGGCUACCUCUCUUCCCGGGCCCUGCUGGAGCUGCUCCGCAAGGCCCUGGCCUCCUCCGUCAACUGGCCGGCCAUCGGUGGCCUCCUCGGGUGCCUGAUCCGGCCCAGCGUAGCCUCGGAGGAGCUGCUGCUCGACGUGCAGCACGAGCGCCUCGAGCUCACCGUUGCCGUGCUCCUGGCGGUCACUGGUGCUGACGCCGAAGACCGCCUCCUUCUGGCCUGGCCCCUGGAGGGGCUGGCCGGGAACCUCUGGCUGCAGGACCUGUACCCUGCAGAGGCCGCCAGGCUGCGGGCCCUGGACGAGCGUGAUGCCGGGACCCGCCGACGGCUGCUGCGGCUGCUGUGCGGGGUCUGCCGCGGCCACCCGGCCCUGGGGCGGCUGGACCGCUGCCAUCUGACCCAGGUGGUUCUGCGCCUGGGGGAGGAGGAGGUGGGCUGGGCCGAGGCGGCCCUGGGGGAGCGCUUCCUGCAGGCCCUGGAGUCGCUCCUCGACAGCCUGGAGCGGGCCAGCCUGCCCUGCCACUUCAACCCCGGUGUGAACCUCUUGAGCGGCCUGCGUGAGGAGGAGAUUGACGACAUCGGCUUCGCGCUCUACAGCGGCCUGCAGGCCCCCGAGCGUCUGCUCUAGAUGGGUGGGGACAGGGCGGCCGGCACUCGUGCUGAUGCUGGGGCCGGAGUCACCUGGUACCCCCGGAUUGCAGCUUUGGGGCUGAUCUAAAGGCCGCGUCUCCCGACGUCACCUGCGUGUCUAGUUGGCUUGUCGAGCUCUCCCCUCUAGCCUGGAACAGGAGCUCAGUCUGGCGUGCUGCCCACCUCGUACCUCAGGGGAAGGCCCCUCUCCCUCCAACCGGGCCAUUUUUCUCUUUGGGCAGAGAGGCCCCUGGGAGAGCCCCCUUCCGCUGCUGGGGGAGCCAAGGUUCCCUGUGCUGCCCACCUUGCCUAGAGGCAGGGCCGUCCGACCAGCUGCUGCUGGGUCUGGCCGGAGAGCGGAGGCCGUGCCUCCCCAGGGAAGCCGGCUGAGCGGGCCUGACCUCCACAGUGCCAACCUGAACUGCUCCCCGCUGACGCCUGUGUCCUCACUGAAGCCUGGCAGAGGUGGGGAGGGAGGGCCGCCCCACCUCCCAGGCAUCCCUCCCGUCUUUGGUAUCCUUCUUGCUGAAGCAAAGCUAUGCCUCAAAGAAUGUGAAUGACAAUAAAAGGAAAAAUUCAAA